AUGCCGGAGCAUCCGAUCCACACCUUCGAUCGGCUGAUCAAACGGCAGCGCCUGCUGCUGAAGCUGAUCGGCGUCGAUAGCUACGAUCCGGCGUUCCGCAUCCACUCGCUCACCUUCAUGGUGGUGUGUCUGGCGCUCACCUUCCUAAUCAUCUCGCUGUACGACCUGUACCUCUUCCGGGACGACCUGUUCAACUUUGUCUACGUGCUGAUCACGAUCUUCUUCGCGACGAUCGGCAUCGGCCGCAUAUCGGUGUUCCUGCUGUGCAGCAAGCUGUUGGCGGAGCUGCUGGAGCAAUCCUACCGCACCUACCGGCUGGUGGUGGACGAUCCGCGCGAGCAGCGCAUCCUGCAGUGGUACACCAGGCUGUUCCAGCGGGCCGUCAACGGCUACACGCUCGUGUUUAUCGGCACGUCCGUGGCGGCGGGGUUGCUCCCGCUCCUCAUCUACCUGCUGUCCGGCGACCGGGUCCUGCCGUACGGUGUGGUGCUGCCGUUCGUCGACCACAACUCGCCGGUGGGCUACGAGCUGAACUACAUCUACCAGGUGAGCUGCAUCAUCUGGACGCCGCCCGGGCUGGUCGCGUCGGAGUGCAUGAUGUUUGCGCUCGUGCUGAACAUCUGCAUACAGUACGACAUACUGGCGGUGAAGCUGCAGGACCUGGACGAGCUGAUACGGUCGCCGCACCCGCACAGGGACGCGAUGAUUGGGUGCCAGCUGCGCAGCAUCCUUCACAAUCAGCAGCGACUGAUUAGUUUCAUCUCCAACGUCGAAGCGGCAAACAACGUCCUUUCGGGCGUGGAGGUACUCUCGCUAGGGCUGCAGAUCGUUAUCACACUGUUCGUAUUGCAGUUUUCACUCUGGAUCCCGGGGCUGGUGCUGAUACCGGCCUUCACACUGCAGCUCUUUCUGUUCUGCCUGCUCGGCACCAUCAUCGAGGAUAAGGGCGUCAAGUUUUCGGCCGGCGUGUACAGGCUCACCUGGAACGAGCUGUCCAAGCAGGACAAGCAGAUCUUUCGCCUGCUGCUGCUGAGCUCACAGCAGCCCCAGACGCUCACCUGCGCCCGUAUGACCUGCAUCAGCUUGGACCUGUUCGUCAAUAUGUCGCAAAAGUUCUACUCAAUCUUCAUGAUGUUACGCAACAUGUAA